AUGCUUCUCAUCAUCUCGAUCACUUCCCAAUUUCAAGAGUACCGUCUUGUGUUUAGUGAUCAGAAACACUUGGAUAUGGGUAACAGUUGCAAAAGUGAUCAUGAGAAGGGGGGGAAAAGAGCUCCAAAGGGCCACUUUGUGGUUUAUGCAGGAGAAGAGAUGAGGAGAUUUGUUGUUCCUAUAUCUUACUUGAAAGUUCCAAUUUUCAAGCAACUCCUAGAUGAGGCUGCAGAGGAGUAUGGGUUUCAGCAUAGCCAGGGAGGCAUUGUUUUGCCUAAUUGCCAUGAAUCUACCUUUCAACAGGCCUUGGAUUUCAUGGCCAAGUACUGA